UAUCUCCACUCUAUCUAGAGAGACAAACAAUUCUCUAUCUCUGGUUCUAUAUAUCUCCCCCCUUACUACAACUUAGAUUGAUAAGAUAUGGAGUCAAGAGUUCUACUUCGUUUCAUGUUUAUUCUCAUAACAACUCUAUUUCUCUUCUUCUUCACUAAAUCAUGGUUCAAUCUAAUCCCAAACAAAUCAGACCAACUAACCUGCUCAAACUAUUCUCCAUGGUGCACUUCCAAGAACAGAUUCCAAUCCAAAUCAACCAACAAUCUCUUCUAUCCGGGUUAUAAAAAAACAAUCAGAGAUCAUAAAUCUCAUAUCCCACACCACCCAUUAGACCCAUUAACAAUCCAAGAAAUGAACAAAGCUAAAUCCAUCCUCUUAUCUUACCCACCUUUUACUAUUUCUUCAUCUUCUUUUACUAUCCAUUCAUUAGUCUUAGAAGAACCAGAAAAGGAACUAGUUUUAAAAUGGAGAGAAGGUGACAAACUUUCACCAAGAAAAGCUUCAAUCGUAGCACUUCUUCAUGGUCAAGCCCAUGUAAUCAUUAUUGACUUGGAGUCAAACAAAGUCAUACAACAUGAUAUUAGGGAAACUAAAACUGGUUACCCAACUAUGACUAUAGAAGAUAUGAAUUCAGCAGCAUGGGCACCCCUUUCUGAUGCUAAUUUCAACCGUACGAUCGCUAGCCGCGGCGUUGAUCUUGCUGAUCUUGCAUGCUUGCCGCUUUCAACUGGAUGGUUUGGGACAAAGGAAGAAAAGAGAAGGUUGAUUAAAGUCCAAUGUUACACCAUGCAAGGUACAAUAAAUUUUUAUAUGAGACCCAUUGAAGGUUUGACAGUUCUUCUUGAUAUGGAUACUAAACAAGUUGUAGAAAUAACAGAUUUAGGCUUAGAUAUUCCAAUACCCAAAGCUUCAAAUACUGAUUACAGAUUUUCUAAACAGCCGAAUAAACCUUUAAUGAUGCGCGUUUUAAACCCGAUUUCAAUUGAACAACCAAAAGGUCCAAGUUUUGUGAUUGAAGAUGGGCAUUUAGUUAAAUGGGCAAAUUGGGAGUUUCAUUUAAAACCUGACCCGAGAGCUGGUGUGGUUAUUUCUCAAGCUAGGAUUAGAGAUUCAGAAACUGGGGUUCUAAGAAAUGUUAUGUAUAAAGGAUUAACUUCAGAGUUGUUUGUACCUUAUAUGGAUCCUACUGAUGCUUGGUAUUUUAAGACUUAUAUGGAUGCUGGUGAAUAUGGGUUUGGCUUACAAGCUAUGCCGCUUGACCCACUUAACGAUUGUCCUCGCUAUGCACACUAUAUGGAUGGAGUGUUUACGGCUUCCGAUGGAACGCCGUUCAUUCGAUCCAAUAUGAUAUGUGUCUUCGAAAGCUAUGCUGGUGAUAUUGGUUGGAGACAUGCUGAAAGUCCUAUCACUGGAAUGGAGAUUAGAGAAGUGAGACCAAAGGUGACCUUGGUGGUUCGAAUGGCAGCCUCAGUUGCAAACUAUGAUUACAUUGUAGACUGGGAGUUCCAAAUGGAUGGACUUAUCCGUGUCAAGGUUGGACUCAGCGGAAUUCUAAUGGUGAAAGGCACCCCAUAUGACAACCUGAACAAGGUGCCUAAAAAUGAGAAACUUUACGGUACUAUACUGUCAGAAAAUGUUGUAGGCGUCAUCCACGAUCACUAUGUCACCUUCUACCUAGACAUGGAUGUCGAUGGAUCAGACAAUUCUUUUGUGAAGGUAAAUCUAGUCAGAGAAAAUACAUCACCAGAAAAGGGGUCACCAAGGAGAAGUUAUCUGAGAGCUGAUAGAAAUGUAGCCAAGACUGAGAAGGAUGCACAGAUCAAACUCAAAUUAUACGAACCUUCAGAAUUUCAUGUCAUUAAUCCAUCCAAAGAGACUAGAGUUGGAAAUCCUGUUGGUUAUAAGAUUGUUCCUGGCGGUACUGCAGCUAGUUUACUUGAUCAUCUGGAUCCUCCACAGAAAAGAGGAGCAUUUACAAACAACCAGAUAUGGGUGACACCAUACAACCGGAGCGAGCAAUGGGCAGGGGGGCUGUUUGUGUACCAAAGCCAUGGGGAAGACACUCUAGCUGUUUGGUCUGAGAGGGACCGGCCUAUCCAAAACAAAGACAUCGUGUUGUGGUACACAUUAGGGUUUCACCACAUACCGUGUCAAGAGGAUUUCCCUAUUAUGCCGACAGUGUCUUCGAGUUUCGACCUAAAGCCAGUCAAUUUCUUUGAAAGCAAUCCGAUUCUCAGAAUGCCACCAAAUCUUGAGAAGGAUUUGCCUAUUUGCAAAGCUGCUGCUUCUGCUUGAAAGUAGCUUUUCGAUCUUAGUUAAAUCUAAGAAUUCAGUCCACGAGUAUGACCAAAUGUAUGCAGAAACAAAUAUUCUGAAGAGCAUCUCAUGCCUAUGUAUAUAUGCAAAUAAUGUCUUUGAAUUAACUAGUCUCUUAAAAUUCAUAUACUACUUGAAGGAAAAAUGAAAAGAAAAUUUGAGAUCA